AAAGAUAAUAAAAUAGAACAAUCCGCGAUGUUACCUGUAUAAAAAAAAACUGAAAUUUACUGUCAAAAUCAUAUGAUCAGCGAGAAAAGUUCAAAACAAACAUUGAGGAAAAAUUGUUAAACAUGUAUUAAUAAACAAAUCAAAUGACUUGAAAUGCUAAAGGAACAACAAUGUGGAUCUUCGGCUACGGAUCUCUAGUUUGGAAAGUUGACUUUGCUUACGAGUGCAAAGUUGUAGGUUAUAUUUCAGGUUACCUCAGAAGAUUUUAUCAGCAUAGUAUCGACCACAGAGGCGUUCCUGAGAAACCUGGUCGAGUAGUUACAUUGAUAAAAAGUGACGAUCCAAACAGCAAAGUAUGGGGGGUGGCAUACAAAAUCCGUACCGAAGAUAUAGAUCAAGUUAUGAAGCACUUGGACUACAGAGAAAAGAAUGGAUACUCAAAGAAGACAGUGACAUUCCAUCCCAAGGAUAAGAGCAUAGAACCGUUUAGUUUGACCCUGUACAUAGCAACAGAGGAGAAUGAAUCUUAUGCAGGAGCAGCAUCAGUGGAAGACAUAGCAAAACAAGUAGUCAACUGCCAAGGGCCAAGUGGGCCCAACAAGGAAUAUGUAUACAACUUGGCUAAAGCAAUGCGACAACUAGCGCCUGAUGUAUACGAUGAACACCUCUUCACUCUGGAAACUUCUUUGCGUCAAAUUGAUCCAGAUGUUAAACGAAAUUGAUGUAAUAAGUAGAUAGCUUAAUUUUAUGCAAUAGGGUCCAAAAUGGCAAAUUAGUAAGAUUUUUACUUGAACUUUUACUUGUACAGAUGUCAGCACAUCUGUCUUUACAUUUUUAUGGCAAAAGCGCACCUAUAACAAUGGCAUAAGAUGCUACAGUUUAUAAGUUGAGCUACUUCUAGUGGCGCCAUCUGCCACGAUAUUGGCGACUUCAAAACUUUUUGAUAAAUCGUUUUAAAUACGACAUGACUUGCUUUUAAAAAUUUACUGUUGCUAAAAUUUUGACGAACUUAUGAGUAUAAGCAAUUUGCACCAGACAAUUUGGAUGAUAUAAAUAAAUAAGAGAGUCAUCCAUGCGCGUCAUGCUAGCAGUAUUAUUUAAAAAGAAGGCCAUCCUGCUUAAUAAUGCAUAAGUAAAUUAGCAGAUAUUUAAUAUUAAUAAAGCAACAGCUUUACAUAAAUAGACUGAUGGCAUUCGGAACAAAACAUGUUUUGUUUAAUGCAAAACUAAACAAACAUUCAAUAAAUUCCUUGUAGAUAUAACAUAUUUUUAGUUCAAGCAUAUGACUAAGCUCCUAUCUGAAUGUCAACCGUAAGUAGGCAACAUGUUUGUUUGCAGACACACUAACCUACUUGCGCCCAUUUAAAUGUUGCGAAUUAUUGAUUAAAAUUGUAAAUUGUGUUGACGUCAAUGACCCCUAUCUACUUGUAUAAAAUCUCUAUAAUACAAGCUGCAACGCCUGCAACUAUGCUCUUUGUCUUUUUUGACCUUGGCCUUCUAAAUCGCGCAUUUUUAGGUGAAACUCGCCUAAUCCAUUAAACGUUAAUUGAUUUAAAUAAACAGUGUUUUUUGUUAGUUGUCUGGGUCACAAUGCCUAAUCGUAAUCAAGAAAUGCGGGUAGGAGGCCGAAUUAUUACCCAUCCGGGGCGUAAAGAACAACGCCUGUGUAGGUAGGACAGACAUUUGACUUGAUAUAAUAGACAAAUCAAUCUGUUUUGGACCGUAAUAUAAGUGUGAUAAAGAUAAUUUUGUGUUAGAAAAUAGAUUGCUGAUGUACAGCAGCGUCAUAUAGUUCGUGGCACCCAAAUUGGCCAAAAAAUUGACAAACAACCUUAUUCCAACUGUAACAAAGUCGUGUUGCGAACCUUUUGGUUACCUUGGAUCACGAACUAUUUGACGUUGCUGUACUUCUUUAUUUUUCAGAACUGUGUUUUAAUUUUCUGAACUUUUUCUACUAUUUUGUCAUUGAAUUUUGCAAAAAUUGUUGCUUUAUGAAAAAACUCACUACAAUGUUAAUUAAUUUGAACCACAAGUUCCUUAGGUGGAAUUUGCUAAAUACUGUGAAGGCUGCAGCCUUCACCUAUCAAGUCAGUAUUGUUCUCUACAUUUGAUUAUGUAGCUAUGAUUCAAUCAAGUGUGCAUUUUUUGGACUUUAUUGCAUUAGAUAUACGAUUUUCGUAAUUUUUUCUCUUCUAAAUUAUCACUGUCAAUCAUCAAGUGGUUGUACAGUGGACAGCAUAUCAGACUACAUUUUUGUUGUAAAAUCGUCUGUAUUAACUUUACUUGUUUAGCUUAAUGUACACCGACUGUACAACUUCAAUAUUGUAAUCGCUUCACUCAUUGAUGAGUGAAUUCUUAUAUAAAUAACGAAGCGAUUACGAAAUUUAAUCUGUCACAAAUGUACUACUUUGUCUACAGACACAGGACUACACUUGGCGCUAAAAUUAGCUCUUUUUAAACAUUUUGAUAAAUCAAAUUUGUACUAAGUAACUACAGAAGUAUUCUUUGCGAUAUAAGUAGACUGUGUGGCGAAUGUAUACCUUGUUGUUAUGUUAGGGAAGACCGCAAAUGUUGACCUCAAUGUUAAAUUUUUACUGAAUACUUACCUACUUUUAAAUGCUUAUCGAAUCUUUAUAUGUAUUUUUGUGGUUCCUGAUAGGACCUUCCUAUCGCUGACAUUUGAAAAUAUGUGCUUUUUCUAUUGUGAUAUUAGCUUUACGUAUAAUAGUUACCAAAAAUCGGGUAAAAUUAUUAAUUACGUUUUUGUUCCAAUGAAAGAAACUGUUUUAAAAAUAAAUAAAAUAUUUUAUUGCACAAAAGGUAA